GGGGCUGGGAGCGGAGGGAGCGGUCAGCGGGCGGCGGGCACGGGCGGCACGAGCAGGUGGGAGCCGCGGAGGGGCGAGGCCGCCCGCGAGGGCGCCAGGCGGCGGGCACUGCGCCGCUUCCCUGUCCGCGGUGCGCGCUCGCAGUGCGCACCGGGCGUCCGCGGCUCUCGCGCGCCCCGCCUGCCCGGGCCUUACCUGCGGCGGCCGUCGGGGGCGCGGAGCCCCCAGCGCUGCCGAGCCGCAUGAACAAUAGGCGGUGGCGGCUCCUGCGGGCGGCCGCCCCGCACCCUAUGGACCGGCCGCUCCAUGGAGUCUUCCAGAUCGCUUCUCGGCUGCCUGGCGAGCGCCUCAGUUGCCCCGCCGGGGGAGGAUGCCACGGGCACAGGGGCCGAGGAGGAGGAGGACGAGGAGGAGGCGGUGGCCACCGAGCUGGGCUCCCACGCCGCGCUGCCCUACUGGACGGCUGUAUUCGAGUACGAGGCGGCGGGCGAGGACGAGCUGACCCUGCGGCUAGGCGAUGUGGUAGAGGUGCUGUCCAAGGACUCGCAGGUGUCCGGCGACGAGGGCUGGUGGACCGGACAGCUGAACCAGCGGGUGGGCAUCUUCCCCAGCAACUACGUGACCCCGCGCAGCGCCUUCUCCAGCCGCUGCCAGCCUGGCGCCGAGGACCCCAGUUGCUACCCGCCCAUUCAGCUGUUAGAGAUUGAUUUUGCGGAGCUAACCCUGGAGGAGAUCAUUGGCAUUGGGGGUUUUGGCAAAGUUUAUCGCGCUUUCUGGGUAGGCGAUGAAGUCGCCGUGAAAGCAGCUCGCCAUGAUCCUGAUGAGGACAUCAGCCAGACCAUAGAGAAUGUUCGCCAAGAGGCCAAGCUCUUUGCCAUGCUGAAGCACCCGAACAUCAUUGCCCUCAGAGGGGUAUGCUUGAAGGAACCCAACCUCUGCUUGGUCAUGGAGUUUGCUCGUGGAGGGCCUUUGAACAGAGUGUUAUCUGGGAAGAGGAUUCCCCCAGACAUCCUGGUGAACUGGGCUGUGCAGAUUGCUAGAGGGAUGAAUUACCUACAUGACGAGGCGAUCGUCCCCAUCAUCCACCGAGACCUUAAGUCCAGCAACAUACUGAUCCUGCAGAAAGUGGAGAAUGGAGACCUGAGUAACAAGAUCCUGAAGAUCACUGACUUUGGGCUGGCUCGGGAAUGGCACCGGACCACCAAGAUGAGUGCGGCAGGGACAUAUGCUUGGAUGGCACCUGAAGUCAUCCGUGCUUCCAUGUUUUCCAAAGGCAGUGAUGUGUGGAGCUAUGGAGUACUGCUUUGGGAGCUGCUGACUGGCGAGGUACCCUUCCGAGGCAUUGAUGGCUUAGCAGUGGCUUAUGGAGUGGCCAUGAACAAACUUGCCCUUCCUAUUCCUUCCACAUGUCCAGAACCUUUUGCCAAACUCAUGGAAGACUGCUGGAACCCUGACCCCCACUCACGUCCGUCUUUUACGAGUAUCCUGGACCAGCUCACGACCAUAGAAGAGUCUGGUUUCUUUGAGAUGCCCAAGGACUCCUUCCACUGCCUGCAGGAUGACUGGAAACAUGAGAUUCAGGAAAUGUUUGACCAGCUCAGGGCCAAAGAAAAGGAGCUCCGCACCUGGGAGGAGGAGCUGACCCGGGCUGCACUCCAGCAGAAGAACCAGGAGGAGCUGCUGCGCCGUAGGGAGCAGGAACUGGCGGAGCGGGAGAUUGACAUCCUGGAACGAGAGCUCAACAUCAUCAUUCACCAGCUGUGCCAGGAAAAGCCCAGGGUGAAGAAACGCAAGGGCAAGUUCAGGAAGAGCCGACUGAAGCUCAAGGAUGGCAACCGCAUCAGCCUCCCCUCCGAUUUCCAGCACAAGUUCACGGUGCAGGCCUCCCCCACCAUGGAUAAAAGGAAGAGUCUCCUCAGCAGCCGCUCGAGCCCUCCUGCAAGCCCCACCAUCAUCCCCCGCCUGCGAGCCAUCCAGUUAACACCAGGUGAAAGUAGUAAAACCUGGGGCCGGAGCUCAGUUGUCCCAAGAGAGGGAGGGGAGGAGGAGGAGAAGAGGGUCCCAAAGAAGAAGGGCCGGACGUGGGGACCAGGAACACUUGGGCAGAAAGAGCUCACCUCGGGAGAUGAAGGAUCCCCUCAGAGACGGGAAAAAUCUAAUGGCUUAAGCACCCCUUCCGAGUCUCCACAUUUCCACUUGGGCCUCAAGUCCCUGGUAGAUGGAUACAAGCAGUGGUCAUCCAGUGCCCCUAACCUGGGGAAGGGCCCGAGGAGUAGCCCUGCCCUGCCUGGGUUUACCAGCCUUAUGGAAAUAGAGGAUGAAGAUGGUGAAGGCCCAGGAAGUGGAGAGAGUCAUCUACAGCAUUCUCCCAACCAGUCCUACCUCUGUAUCCCAUUCCCUCGUGGAGAGGAUGGGGAUGGCCCCUCCAGUGAUGGAGUUCAUGAGGAGCCCACCCCAGUCAACUCCGCCACCAGUACCCCUCAGCUUACACCAACCAACAGCCUCAAGCGCAGUGGGGCCCACCACCGGCGCUGCGAACUGGCAGUGCUUGGCUGUGGAGCUGUGCUGGCAGCCACGGGCCUAGGGUUUGACUUGCUGGAAGCUGGCAAGUGCCAAUUGCUUCCGCCAGAGGAGCCUGAGCCACCAGCCCGGGAAGAGAAGAAGAGGCGUGAGGGUCUUUUCCAGAGGGCCAGCCGCCCUCGUCGGAGUACCAGCCCCCCCUCCCGAAAGCUCUUCAAGAAGGAAGAGCCGAUGAUGUUGCUAGGAGACCCCUCUGCCUCCCUGACACUGCUCUCUCUCUCCUCCAUCUCCGAAUGCAACUCCACCCGCUCGCUGCUACGCUCAGACAGUGAUGAGAUCGUAGUGUACGAAAUGCCAGUCAGUCCAGUUGAAGCUCCACCCCUCACCACGUGCACCCACAACCCUCUGGUUAAUGUUCGAGUGGAGCGCUUCAAGCGAGACCCCAAUCAGUCCCUGACUCCCACCCAUGUCACCCUCACAGCCCCCACGCAGCCGAGUGGUCACAGGCGGACUCCUUCUGAUGGGGCACUUAAGCUCCCAGGGGCCCCUCCAGCGCUAUCGAGCCGGAGCCCCUCCAGCAAUGGGAUGAGCUCCAGUUCUGGGACAGGAAUAUUGAAAACUCCCAGUCCCAGCCGAGACCCAGGUGAAUUCCCCCGUCUCCCUGACCCCAAUGUGGUCUUUCCCCCGACUCCAAGGCGCUGGAACACACAACGGGACUCCACUUUGGAAAGACCCAAGACCCUGGAGUUUCUGCCUCGGCCGCGUCCUUCUGCCAACCGGCAGCGGCUGGACCCCUGGUGGUUUGUGUCCCCCAGCCAUGCGCGCAGCGCCUCCCCGGCCAACAGCUCGAGCACAGAGACGCCCAGCAAUCUGGACUCCUGCUUCACCAGCAGCAGCAGCACUGUAGAGGAGCGGCCUGGACUCCCGGCCCUGCUCCCUUUACAGGCAGGGCCACUGCCCCCCACUGAGCGGACGCUACUGGACCUGGAUGCAGAGGGGCAGAGCCAGGACAGCACUGUGCCUCUGUGCAGAGCCGAACUGAACACACAUGGGCCUUCCCCUUAUGAGAUCCAGCAGGAGUUCUGGUCUUAGUGUGAAAAGGGUCAGGGUGGGCAAGGGGGAAGCCGGAGGAGAUGGAGGGAGCUGGCUGGCACAGCCCUGUCUCAGUUAGGCCCCCUGGGAUCCAGACCUCCUCCUUGCACUGAGAAUGCACUUUGAAGAUGGAAGGGAUGGACGCAGGGCCAGCCGCUUCAGGGGGCCUUCAUCCCUGCAGAAUCUUUUCUCCAUGUUCACUGGAGAGGUUGUGUCAGCUCUGGCUGUGUAGGAGAGGGAGGGCCUGCCUCAUCUCUAGGGUGACGCUGCACAGUCAUUCAGCCAAAUCUAUCCACUGCCUCUUCUCCUCAGCCCGAGCUGUCCUGGAGUCCCUUUGUCAGCCCUGAGUUCCACUGUCCAUGCGCGGGUACUAAUGUCCCAUGAUCGAUUUGACUUGUCUUCUGCUCUUGCCGUGACUUGGUGUGUCCUGUGGUAUGCAGUGAAUGUCUUGUGCCCUAAGCCCUCUUGUGCUAGCUAUUGGGGACAGGUUGGCCUUAUGAGGGCCAGAGGGCUUGACAGACCUGGCACUGCCUACCUGGGUAAAUCUCGGUGAGAACAGAGUACAGG